CAAAAUCGGAGGUGGAUACGUACUUAUGGUGUAACAAAAAAUUCUUAACACCAGUUAGCCAGGAGCUAACAACAGUGAGGAGUUCUACAUAAAAAUAACCAUGAUAACUGAUUUAUCGGGGCUUUAAGGUUAUAUUUUGCCUGUUUGCAUAAGUUGAUGCAGCGAUCAUAUCUGUUCUUGGCUGGUAAGAAGCUCUGUGUUGCACUAAAACUUCCCAAAACCUUUGUGACGCUUCGAAAAUUUUGUCGAUCCUCUUCUGUCUCUUUGCACUUCCAACAUCUUCCAUCUGUUGGCACUUUUUAUUUCUCCCGAAAAAGUUUGCGUUACUCUCUCCAGAGUGAUUCUACUCGGGUUUCUCUGCUGAAGAGUUUCUCCGGCUGCCCAGACAUGGCAGAUCAGAGGUUCCUUGUGGAAUACGCCAAGCGCGGCACGGCAGGAUGUAAGAAAUGUAAAGAUAAAAUCGCAAAGGGCGUCGUACGUAUCGGGAAGAUUGUGCCAAACCCUUUCAGCGAGUCUGCGGGGGAGAUGAAGGAGUGGUAUCACGUCAAGUGCAUGUUUGAGAAGCUGGAGCGGGCGAGGGCCACCACCAAGAAGAUCGAGGACAUCACAGAGCUGGAGGGCUGGGAGGAGCUGCAGGAUGAGGACAAGGACCUCAUUAACAAACAUGUGACAGACCUGAUGGCCAAAGUCGGCGCGAGUCCAAGGAAGAAGGUGCAGGCCAAAUUAAACACCAGCGGGGAGCUGAUGUCACCUGUUGCUGACCCGUCCGUGAACGCACCACGCAAAUUUUCAGGUUUCACUGCUGCAAAGGUGGGCAGCUCCAGCAGUCCAGGUCCCUCCUCAUCCGCGGCUAAACCCAGCCAGGGCAGCGCCUUGUCAGUGCAACUCUGCGACCCGAAACACAAGGACUGCCUGUUACGAGAGUUUCGCAAGCUGUGUGCCACAGUGGCGGAGAACAACAGCUACAACACCAAGACGCAGAUUAUCGAGAAAUUCCUGAAGAAAGGCUCAGGCGGCGAUAAGUUCCAUGGAGAUCUUUACCUGACAGUGAAGCUGCUUUUGCCCGGCGUCGUCAAAAGUGUCUACAACCUCAACGACAAGCAGAUUGUGAAACUCUUCAGCCGCAUCUUUAAAUCCAACCAGGAUGACAUGGUGCGCGAUCUGGAGCAGGGUGAUGUGUCUGAGACGGUCAGGAUGUUCUUCGAGGAGAGUAAAUCAUUUCCUCCAGCUGCCAAAAGCGUCCUGACCAUCCAGGAAGUGGACGCGUCGCUGACCCGCCUCGCUCAGCUGACCAAAGAGGACGAGCAGCAGAGCGAGCUGGAGGACAUCGCCAAAAAGUGCACCAGUAACGACCUGAAAUGCAUCAUUCGACUUAUUAAACACGACUUGAAGAUGAACGCCGGCGCCAAACACGUUUUGGAUGCUGUAGAUCCAAAUGCCUACGAUGCCUUCAAGGCCUCACGCAACCUGGGUGACGUGAUCGAAAGGGUGUUGAGGAAUCAUCAAGAGGCAUCAGACGGUUCGGGGCCCAGAAAGUUGCUCACAAUCGAGGCGUCACUCAUGACUCCCGUACAGCCCAUGUUGGCAGAGGCAUGUAAGUCCAUCGAGCACGCCAUGAAGAAAUGUCCAAACGGGAUGUACUCGGAGAUCAAGUACGACGGUGAGCGCGUGCAGGUCCACAAGGACGGAGACAAGUUCAGCUACUUCAGCCGCAGCCUCAAACCGGUUUUACCGCACAAAGUGGUCCACUUCAAAGAGUUUAUCCCUCAGGCUUUUCCUGGCGGACACAGUAUGAUAUUAGACGCUGAGGUCCUUCUAAUCGACACGAAGACCAGUAAGCCCCUCCCAUUUGGGACCUUGGGUGUACACAAGAAAGCCGCUUUCCAAGACGCCAACGUUUGCCUGUUUGUUUUCGACUGCAUCUUCUUCAAUGGCGUGAGUCUCAUGGAGAGGCCUCUGUGUGAACGCAAGAAGUUCCUCCAUGACAACAUGGUUGAAGUUCCCAAUAGGAUCCUGUUCUCGGAGAUGAAACACGUCACUAAAGCAGCUGAUCUGGCCGACAUGAUCACGCAUGUCAUCAGAGAGGGGCUGGAAGGUCUGGUGCUCAAGGACGUAAAGGGCACAUAUGAACCUGGGAAGCGGCACUGGCUGAAGGUGAAGAAGGACUAUCUGAACGAGGGUGCAAUGGCGGAUACGGCUGACCUGGUGGUGCUGGGAGCGUUCUACGGAAAAGGAUCCAACGGGGGCAUCAUGUCCAGCUUUCUAAUGGGCUGCUAUGAUCCAGACUCCAAGAAAUGGUGCACAGUCACCAAGUGCUCCGGCGGGUACGACGACGCCAUGUUGGCGCGGCUCCAGAAAGAGCUGGAUGUUAUCAAAAUCAGUAAGGAGCCGAGCAAAAUCCCCAGCUGGCUGAAAAUCAUCAAGAACUAUUACCCGGAUUUCAUCAUCCGCGACCCUGAGAACGCUCCAGUGUGGGAGAUCACUGGCGCAGAGUUUUCCAAAUCUGAGAUGCACACUGCCGACGGCAUCUCCAUCCGCUUUCCCCGCAUGACCCGUAUCCGUGACGACAAGGACUGGAAGACCGCCACCAACCUGCACCAGCUUAAAGAGCUGUACCGCAUAUCAAAGGAGAACACAGACUUCAAAGUGACAGCUGGGCCGUCCAAAGCCAACGAGGACAAGGACUCGUCUAACGGGGACAGCGGAGGGAGCUCGCCCUCACCUAGUGGACGAAAUCCACCCAAAAGAAUCAGCGGCAGCAGCAGCAGCACUCCAAAGCCAAAAGUGGUGAAAUCUCAUCCUCGCAGCCCUGACCCAGAAGAACCGAGUGCCAAGAAGGUGAGGAAGAGUGAAACGGUGCACAGCAAUGGUCAAACUCAAGCAAAGCCGACAUCUCAACUACUGCAGCCGCGAAAUGACAGGACGUUGCUGGACAUUUUCAGCGGUGUGAAGCUUUUCCUGCCCUCCUCUGUGCAAGACUACAACAAACUGCGGCGGUACUUUGUGGCAUACGAUGGCGACCUGGUGCCGGAAUAUGACUCUACCUCAGCCACACACACGCUGGCCACACCCAAUGAGGACAGCCGCGCCCAGAGAGUCACGGCCGACUGGAUCUGGGAAUGUAUCCGCAAGAGACGUGUCGUUCCUCCCUGUUGAUGGGGAACCAAAACAUAAUUAAAAAAAAGGUUUUGACUCUAAAUCAAGAACAGCUUCAGUGUCCACAAACAUUUACAUGAUUUUAUUAUUUAUUUACAAACUAACAGCACCAGAUGUUUACAGUUUUUGUAACAGGACAAACUGACAACAAGAACAACUUUUUCAAAUCACCGAGGUUUGAAGGAGAUUUAUUAAAAAAAAAAAAAAAAUAGAAGUGCUUUUUUCAGAUUUCAUAUCUCACUACA